CAGGGUAUCGGCGCUAAGACUAACGAUCCGGAGUUCACGGACUUCAUUGAGAGUGAGUUCCUUCACGAACAGGUGGACGACAUCAAGAAACUCGGCGAUCACGUGACUAACUUGAAACGGGUGGGCCCGGGUCUCGGGGAGUACCUCUUUGACAAACAGACCCUGUCCUAA